CACAACCUGAGCAUCAAAUCACCAGCAUCGGGAACUUUGGCCGACCGUCAUAGUCAUGGUAUUGUAUUGUGAAAUAUUUACAUUGUACAUAAGAAAUUGUUGUGUAAUCUGAUGCAUCAGGAUGAGUGAGCUGUUGGCAGGAAUUCAGUUGCUGAAACAAUCUUACUUCAGUCCUAGCAGUAAUGCUUCUGAACCAGUUUCUAAAACAGUAACUGGUGAAGCUAACCAAGACCAGGUCGUUGAACAUGCUUCUGACAGUGGCACUAAAACAAUAACUGGUGGUGAAGCUCUCCAAGACAAGGUCGUUGAACAUGCUUCUGACCCAGCCUCUAACACAGUAACUGGUGAAGCUCUCCAAGACAAGGUCGUUGAACAUGCUUCUGACCCAGCCUCUAACACAGUAACUGGUGAAGCUCUCCAAGACAAGGUUGUUGCACUCUACUUCUCUGCUUCAUGGUGUCCUCCAUGUCGGCAGUUCACUCCCAUGCUGUGUGAAUUGUUUGCUGAAGCACAGAACCGUCAUCUGCCUUUCCAGGUGGUGUUCGUGAGCCUUGACCGCGAGCAUGAGGACAUGGAGAAAUACUUCAUUGAGAAACAUGGCGACUGGCUCCUUAUUCCAUUUGAUGAUCCAGCACAGGAGAGUCUAAUCAACAAGUACAGCAUUCGUAAUAUUCCCAAACUGGUGGUGAUACGUUCCAAUGGUGAAGUGAUUACUAUGAAUGGACGUAAAGAUGUGCAGGACAAAGGAAUUGUGUGCUUGCGAAACUGGCUUAGUUUAGCAAAUAUACAGGAAGACCAUUCCCAAGACAAACAAACUGAAAAAGACACUUCAGCACCAGCUUCAGGAAAUUGAGCAAUGUUUAACAAGAUUUAGCACUGUUUAUAGGGAUUGUCCUGUUUUUCAGCAAAUAGAACAACAUAUUUUAACAACAUUAAAUUACAAUUUAUUUACA